ACAGUAUAAUAUAAUAUAAUAUAAUAUGCGUUGCGAUUGGCCGGUGUGAAAAAUCAGUGUCCGAUCACGUGUCUCGACGGCGGCGUUGGCGUAUCGACAUCCCAGUAUCGUUCCUGCCGACGCGUCACAGGCGAGCCCUCACGCGGGCCACAGCAAUAAAGUGAACCCAGCCCGAGUCGCCCUUCCCGAAGUUCCACGUGUAGCCAUGUAGAGCCGCGUGUUGACAUGUAGCGCCACUGUUCCGCAGAAGCAGAGGAUCCGGGACUCGAGUCGAGCGAUGACGUUUGCCACGCUGCGCUUCUAUCCCGACCUGGGCGUCACGUCCGAGGACGACGACAACCGCAGCGAGAGCGACGACGGCUCGGAGCGGCUCUAUUGCGGCGGCGUGAAGCGAGCGAGGGCCGCGCGUCGAGCGGAGGGCGAGUCCGCCGCGACGGCGAUGAAGCAGCAGCGCAGCGCGGCCAACGCCAGGGAGCGCGGCCGGACCCAGAGCGUCAACAGCGCCUUCGCGGCCCUCAGGACCCUCAUCCCCACCGAGCCGGUGGACAGGAAGCUCUCCAAGAUCGAAACGCUGCGCCUGGCCUCCAGCUACAUUUCCCACUUGGCCAACGUGCUCCUGCUCGGGGACGCCUGCGCGGAUGGACAGCCGUGCCUCGACGCGGUCCACGCGCAGGCUGGAGAGAAGGGCGGCAAGCGGCCCAGGACCAUCUGCACUUUCUGCUUGAGCAACCAGAAGAAAAAAGGGGACAGCAGCGAGUGUCUGAAGAUGCGCAGAGUGGGCCCGCUGCGACUGAGACGCUGAUUGAACUGACCGGCGGAGGGGUCAGCAACCUGAAAAGCCUCAAAAGACAUUCUCAGGGAAGACUCAGAGCGACGCACGCACGCACGCACGCACGCACGCAGACGCUGCAUCCGACAGACUACAGUAUUUAUACUUGACCGAGAAAUGUAAGCAUAAGCCCCUCACAAAUGCUGUGCAUUUGUUUGAGACGUAUGAGCGUUUAUGCUUGUUUUGCAAACAAAUGUAAUAAAGUUUAUUUUAUCAAAAAUCUUUCCUUCAA